AUGGAGAAUGGUAGUACAGACGAACAUUGUUUUACUACACCAAUCUUAAUUCUCACAACCUUUGGCUUCGUCUCUGAUAAACCACCAGAUAGUCCAUUUUCUGACGCAACAUCGAUCUUAAAACCAACAAAUAGUGGAGAAGUAUGCAAUUUACCGUACAAAGUACGUAAUUAUACUUGGGAUAUGUACUUUUGCUACAGAGGUUCUUGUCCGACAGCAACUAGUACAAACAGUGCAUGUGCAUCAGGACAAUAUGCUGGAUUACAGUUGUUUGAUAAUAACAUACAAACUUUUCAAUUGAAGACUGAAUCAAGUGGUAUUAAUGGUAUAAACGAACAAUCUCUUAUUUAUUAUUAUUAUAUGCCAAAUAUUAGUCAAAAAAGUAUUACAGUACGUAAAGAAGAAGUAAGUGGUAGUAAUGACAUAAUUGACAUUGUUACAAGUAGUCCAUAUAAUGGAUGGAUCAAACGUCAAAUAUUAUUCAAUGCAACAAUGUCUGGUUAUAAACUCUAUUUCGAUCUACAGAAAAUAUCAUCGGAAAUGUCUUUAAUUGAUAUUGGAUUGGAUGAAAUAUCAAUUCGACAAAUCAGUCGUGAUGAUGAAUAUGUAACUACUGAUACUUUAACAACAAUAACAACUCCAAUUAUUGAUAUUGUCAGUUCCUCAGUACCAAUGAUCCACACAUCAAUGUUGAUUGUACCUGAUAUUUCAACAACUAAAAAGCUCGAAACCACAGAAGCAGAAAUUGUUACUUUAACAGUAGUUAGUUCAAAUCAAGUCCUGUACGAAUGUGACUUUGAUAAUGCUUCUUUAAUUGACAAUUGUUUCACUCCAGGAACAAUUGUUGUUACAAAUAUAGGAAAUUCGAAUGUCAUAGCACCAAAUGGACCAUUAUCAGAUGUAACUUCAAGCUUGGAACCGACAGAUAACGGAGAAGUAUGCAAAUUACCCUAUCAAAUUGAUUCAUAUGAUUGGGACAUGUAUUUUUGUAACGAAGGUUAUUGUCCAACAGAAACUAGUUCAAAUAGUACAUGUAAAUCAGGCAAAUUUGGUUUUGUGCAAUUACUUACAAAUGAUAAAAAAUCUUUUCAACUUAAAACUGAAUCUGAUGGAAUCAAUGGUAUAGGUCAACAAUGUCUUAUUUAUUACUAUUACAUGGACGCCACGAAUGACAAGAUUAUCACCAUAAAUAAGGAGGAAACGAAUGGUACAAUGGAGAUUAUUGAUUCGGUAACAAGGAGUCCGUUCAAUGGAUGGAUACAACGUAAAAUAUCUUUCAAUACUGAAGCAUUUGGUUAUAAAAUAUAUUUUGAAGUACAGAGAACAUCUGGAGUUCGAGAACCUUAUGUAGGAUUUGAUGAAAUUUCGAUUCAUCAAGGCAGUUGUGAUAAUACAUUGGUUACUAACGAUCUAAUGACAUCAAAAAUAUCGGAUGUUUCGAGCAGUAUUUUUAUAACAACUCUACAAACAACAAUGAGAACAUCAACUGUUAUAUCAUUGGUAACUACAACUCUAACAGACAGUACUACGACCAUAUUAUCGACAACUAAUGAUACAACCAGUAUCACAACAUCUACCAGCACGAAAACUGAUUUAUCAGUGAUACCUACGACUACGAGUGAUGAUAACGUAGCUGCUUCCAAUAAUAAAACUUUAAUUAUUAUUUUGUCUACUGUCAUUCCUGCUGUUUCAAUUGCAUGGAUUAUCCUCAUUUUAUGGUUAAAAAAGUCAACUUUCAAAAAUCGUCGUCGUCGUCGUUCAAAGAAACGAAAACAUGCAUCAAAAACUGUUUUAGAACUGAAUCGUGUUGCACCUGUUUAA